GCAGGUGCCCUCUGAACCCCAGCUCGCGGGCGAGGUGGCAGCCUGGCUCCGAGGGGGUUAACUUGAUGGGUUUGGUUUUCUUUUUUUCUUUUUUUUUUUUUUUCCUCUUCCCUCCUUGGUUAUUUGCAGCAAACAGAGCCCGGGUGGAAGGUCUGAGCUGAGCAAGUGUUUGCUCGGGGGGGGACCAGGAGCUGGCUCGCACUUCCCGAGCCGCACGGGGAGCGGAGGACGGGGCUGCCCCGCGCCCGCUGGCCCCGAUGGCCGAUGACAUCGAGUGGCUGGACCUGCCGGGCAGGUGGACCUACGGCGUCUGCGGGGACGGGCGCAUCUUCUUCAUCAACGACGAGACCAAGUCCACGAGCUGGGUGCACCCCAGCACGGGUUACUCCGUCCAGAGUGGGCACUUCUCCUGCGCCGGGCUGCCCCGAGGCUGGGAGGUGGACACCACGCUGCACGGGGGCUUCUACUUCAUCAACCACAAUGAAAGGCGGAACACGUUCCUGCACCCAGUGACGGGCCAGGUCCCGGAAGAAAACUCAAGAUUGGACUUGCAGAAACCGACCUUGGACAUGUCAAGCAAAGCAGGCGGCAAGCGCCCGGUGACCAGCAGCAGCAGCGAGCCCUCCAACCACGCCAUGGUGUCGGAGGUGCCCCCGGAGCGCCCUGGAGGCCGGGCAUCGCGCCCCUCCCGCAAGGGCAUCGCCUUCGGGAAGCGCUCCAACUCGAUGAAGAGGAACCCCAACGCCGCCGUGACCAAAAGCGGCUGGCUCUACAAGCAGGCCAGCUCGGGGGUGAAGCAGUGGAACAAGCGCUGGUUCGUGCUGGUGGAUCGCUGCCUCUUCUACUACAAAGAUGAGAAGGAGGAGAGCAUCCUGGGCAGCAUCCCUCUCCUCAGCUUCCGCGUGGCAGCCGUACAGCCCUCUGACAACAUCAGCAGGAAGCACACGUUUAAGGCCGAGCACGCUGGCAUCCGGACCUACUUCUUCAGCGCCGAGAACACGGAGGAGCAGGAGUCCUGGAUCCAAGCCAUGGGCGAAGCCGCCCGGGUGCAGAUCCCCCCCACCCAGAGACACGAGAAGACAGACUCUGAAAACAUCCCUCCCAGCAAGCACCACCACCACCGCAACGCCGUGCACCGCGAGCACCCCAAGGCCGACCCCGACGCCAAGACCAGGGGUGAAGGCGACGGCCGUGGUUCGGAGAAGAUGGAGAGGAAACCGGAGAGGGUGGAGAGCAAGAAGGAACCCUUGGCCAAAGCCAACGGCAUCGCGGGGCAGGAGAUGCCCUCGGAGCCCGGCAGCCCCUACCCCGAGGGACCCCGGGUGCCAGCAAGCACGGAGCGGCCGACGCAGCCCAACGGGUGGCCGUAUUCUUCCCCCAGCCGCCCCGGCAGCACCGCCUAUCCCCCACCCGACGGGGAGAGCGCUGCCCACCGCCGGAGCUUUGCCCCCCGCACCAACCCCGAGAAGAUUGCCCAGCGCAAGAGCUCCAUGACGCAGCUGCAGCAGUGGGUGAACCUGCGCCGGGGGAACGUGCCCCCCGAGGAGCUGCGGAGCCCCACCAGGUUUUACCCCGUGUCUCGCCGGGUGCCCGACUACUACUCGCCCUACUCGCCCCAGUACCCCGAGGACUACCAGUACUACCCGCCCGGCGUGCGCCCCGACAGCAUCUGCUCCAUGCCUGCCUACGAGCGCGUGAGCCCGCCCUGGGCGCUGGACGAUAAGCGCCACUCCUUCCGCAACGGGGGCCCCUACCAGCUCCGGGAGUGGAAGGAGCACCCCGCUUUUGGCCGGCAGGACGUCCCGCUCUGGCUCGCCGGCCCCGGCAGGCAGCCGACUUAUUUCGACGAGGUGGACGCCGCCUCGGGCUCCCUGCGGCGCAUGUCACUGCAGCCCCGCUCCCGCUCCGUGCCGCGCUCGCCCAGCCAGGGCUCCUACGCCAGGGCUCGUGUCUACUCCCCCGUCCGCUCACCCAGCGCCCGCUUCGAGCGGCUGCCGCCCCGGGGAGAGGAGAUUUACGCCGACCCUGCCACCUUCAUGAUGAGGAGGUCCAUCAGUUCGCCCAAGUACGACUACCUGGGCGACAGGCGUCCCGUCCCCGCAGGGAUGUUCCCGUACCACUACCCGGCAUCUCCCACAGUCCACGACAAAAUGGUGACGCCCUUCCCCGAAGCCUACAGGGAGACUCUGCACGCCUACAAGAUAAACGAGCAAGACACCGAUAAGCUGCUGGGGAAGCUCUGCGAGCAGAACAAGGUGCUGCGGGAGCAGGAGAGGCUGGUGCAGCAGCUCCGAGCGGAGAAGGAGAGCCUGGAGAGUGCCCUGAUGGGGACGCACCAGGAGCUGGAGAUGUUUGGGAGCCAGCCGGCCUACCCAGAGAAGCUGCUGCACAAGAAGGAAUCGCUGCAGAACCAGCUCAUCAACAUCCGCGUGGAGCUCUCGCAGGCCAGCACGGCCUUGGCCAACAGCACCGCUGAGUACGAGAGCCUGGAGAGCGAGGUGUCCGCCCUGCACGACGACCUCUGGGAGCAGCUGAACCUCGACAUCCAGAACGAAAUGCUCAACCGGCAGAUCCAGAAAGAGAUCUGGCGGAUCCAGGACGUGAUGGAGGGGCUGAGGAAGAACAACCCGUCCCGUGGCACGGACACUGCCAAGCACAGAGUGGCCAUCGGCCCCUCGGGCACGUACAGCUCCAACAGCCCCGCCAGCCCCCUGAGCUCGGCCAGCCUCACCAGCCCCCUGAGCCCCUUCUCCCUCGUCUCCGGCUCCCAGGGCUCGCCCACCAAGCCGGGCCCCAGCGAGCCCAAGCCGAGCUUCGAGCAGAGCAAGAAGGAGACGCAGCGAGCGGCUGCCCCUGCUGCCCCCGCCGAGGGGCUGCCGAGCCGGCAGGAGCAGGAGGCAGAGAAGCAAGCGGCUCUCAACAAAGUGGGCAUCGUGCCCCCCCGAACCAAGUCUCCGCCGGAGGAGGAGGUGGUGCCCGCGGGCAGCACGCUGAGGAGGAGCGCCGGCGGCAUGGCCAACGGGCUGGGAUCCAAGGAGAGGCCGAAGAGCGCCGUGUUUGCCAACGAGACAAAGGUGAAGAUGAGCGUGGAGGAGCAGAUCGACCGCAUGAAGCGCCACCAGAGCGGCUCCAUGAAGGAGAAGCGGCGCAGCCUGCAGCUCCUGGGCAGCCAGCAGCCCGACACCCCCAGCACGAAGGCACCCGCCUCCUACAAAGUGGUGCGCCGGCACCGCAGCAUUCACGAGGUGGACAUCUCGGACCUGGAGGCAGCGCUGCGCUCCGACGACCCCGGCAAGGUCCACGAGACGCCCCGGGAGGAGAUCGCCCGGCUGCGCAAGAUGGAGCUGGAGCCGCAGCACUACGACGUGGAUAUCAACAAGGAGCUAUCCACGCCAGACAAAGUCCUCAUCCCCGAGCGGUACAUCGAGCUGGAGCCCGACACACCACUCAGCCCCGAAGAGAUGAAGGAGAAGCAGAAGAAGGUGGAAAGGAUAAAAACUCUCAUUGCCAAGUCCAGCCUGCAGAAUGUCAUCCCCCUGGGCGAGGGGGAGGUGGACGCCCCCCAGGACCCCGAAACACAGCUGCAGGAGCAGGAGAAGAGGAUAGAGAUCUCGUGUGCGCUGGCUGCUGAGGCGUCCCGCCGGGGCCGCAUGCUCUCGGCUCAAGCCCUGGCCGCUGCCAGCGCCGUCAAGUUCCAUGGGGCCACGUUUUAGCGCGCCGACACGCGCCCCGACUCGACACCGAACCUCUCCUCGGCCAUCGUUUUUGGUUCUCCUGGACCCCUCCCUCCUUCCCACCAAUGGCGAGACCCCCCCGGGAUGGAUGAGCGGGGAGAUGUGGCACGGACGACACCGGCUGCUCUGCCCUGUCCUGGAGGAGAUGUGCGGGUGCUGGGAGUUGGUCCGCUGGAGCGUGGACCCCAAGGACUGGGGGUCCUGAGCUGGCACAAGGAUGGAUCUGUGGUGGCCUGGGUGCCAGGCUGGCCGGGACAGCCAUACAGGGGGGCACUUGCAGCAGUGGUCCUGGCACAGCCAGCCCUCUCCCUGCUGGGGCAGCCCUGGAGGAGCGCAGCACCCUCCAUCUCUCCAUGCUGAUGUGUUGGCAUCCCAAAAGUCUGCAGCGAGGCUCCUCCACCUGGAGCUCAGCCAUCCCAUCAUGGGUGGUGCUUUCACCUCGUGCUGGAGGCUCCGUCUCUGCUCUUUGGAUGCUCGCUCCUUUCCCUGUGCCCUGAAACUGCUUUUAGCAUCCAUCUCGCUGGAGGGAGUCACCAGCAGAGCCUGGCAGCCCCAUCGCGCCUCGUGCCCGGGGCUCAGCAGAAGGAAGGAGGAGCUGUGCGGGGUCGGAUGGAGAGGGGACAGGGAGGACACAGGGAGGAUUAUCCUGGGUGCUGGGGUGGUGCGAGGGCUGCCCGGUGCGGUGCUGGCACGGAGCAGCAGGUCUGGGAAGGGACUGGGAUGUUGGAAAGGAGCAGACGAGUGGCACGAAGCCACGGCUCGCUGGGCCGAGCAGGAAUUUGUGCGGGUGGCUGGGGACGGUGCCGAGAAGGGGUCCGGGUUUGGGCCAUGAGCACCUCGGGUGGCAGCAGCGGGGUCUGUCCUCAGUGCACUCCCACACACUGUCUGUGGUCACCCCCAGCACCCAUGGGUGCCCAAGGCUGGGGGGACGCAUGGGGAGCAACUUGGGGCUGCAAAGAGCCGGGACACCUCUGGGUGUCUGUGCAAGCCGGGCUGCUGGAGGAGGGGGCUCCUUGCCCCACAGCCCCGGGCUGGGUUAAUGAGCACCGGGGGGUGACGGAUUUGGGGGGCAGGGCUGGGGGGACCCCAGCUGUGCUCGCAUCCUCCAGUGCCAGCAUGGGCCAGGGCCCUCUGAAAACCUGACAGCGCAUCUCACCCCGAGACCUUGCCAUUGCACUCCAACCCCUGUGGCUUGUUCUUUUUUUUUCUGUAGCGGGUUUACCCUUUUCUUUAGCUUUUCAGAGGGAGGACAAAAAGCUGGUCCUGCCGGGAAACAGCAUCAGGCUGUGCAGGGCCGGGAGGGGUGAGGCGGAUGGGGUGAGGAGCCAGAUGCUGACCAUCCCCUAGCUUUUUCCCCACUGGCUGGAUCCUGACGCCCUGGCCAGCCCCCUGCCCUGUACCCGUGUGCUGCCAC